ACACCGGCACUGCAUACCGGACUACUGCUAAAUCAGUUCUAAAUAUACUUCUUUCUUGGAUGAGGGUGAAUAGGUAUCGGGUAUGCAAGCGAAUAGUGUAUUCUGAGGGUGGACAUUCAUUAAAAUGAAAAACAUGGGUCCAAGCCUUCUCGCAGUCUACCUCGCGAUGACAUUGGCAGCCAUAUCUUCCGCAAACUCGACCACGCCAUUUACUCCAUCAGAAUAUUGGGACGUGAAGGACUUCCCCAACCCACGUUACGAAGCUGCUAAAUGUGGUCGCGACAAGUCCUCGUACGUCUGUGAUCCAAACAGGUUGUUAAGGCCUUAUCAAACCGCUAACCUGGACAAGAUCGUCGCGGACGUGACAGCCAACACUUCGUGUGCAUGCGUGACUUGCCCGGUAGGACGGACCGGCUACAUGAUGUCAGUGGCCAUCGUCCCGUGGCUCAAACUUCCAUCAGGUAUUCCACGAACAAAAGCGGAAGUCCAGCAGCAGAUAGAAUAUUUCUCGGUCACUCUGAGGAAUAAGUGGAGUUUCGGAUACUGCACGAAUGAUGCCGUCAUAGUCCUAUCCAUUAAUGAUAGAAAGGUCUUCACUUCCUCUGGUAAGGUGACUAAAAAGAAGAUAUCUAGCGCUUGUGUGGAUCAGAUCUCAGGAAAUGCCAAAGAUUUACUCCGAGAUCAAAGAUACGCCGAUGCCAUUGGGAAAAUACUAACGGAGUACAAAUUGACGAUUCAAGCAGACGGUACCUGUGGUGGUUCUGGCGGCACGAACUGGGCCAUCGGCGGGGCAAUAAUCGGCUUCAUCUGUUUUAUUUUCUUUGGCGGCAUUUGCAUCUUUAUUUGCUGUCGUAUGCGUGGAGCUUGCUGUAACUGUGUUGGCGGGGGAGGAGGGGGGUCUUACAGAUCGCAUCAUCAUCAUCACGAUCAUGGAUGGAGCUGGGGAGGUAGUGGUGGUGGUGGUGGGGGCGGGGGCGGAGGUGGUGGGGGCUUUAGCUCUGGAGAUGGUGGUGGGGGAGGCGGGUCCGACUGGUAG